GCCACUCCGGCGCCACCGUCGCUUGCGCUCCCCAGCGCCGCCCGUGGUCGACCUAAGAACGAUUGGUAUGUUCCCAUCUGAAAAUGGCGGCUCGCACGUGCGAUCCGACGGUGCUCUUUUGCGGCUUCAGAAGGAUUGACGAGAUCGCAGAAUAUUUCAAAGAAAAGUCACUGAAGUUAGGGGAGCAACUUUAUGCGGGCCGUCACGUGUUUGGCGUGAAAGAAGAAGUCCUUCAUACUACAGCUCCCAGCGAAGUUGUAGGGAAAUGCCUCGCGCAGAUGAAGUCUGCUGUUUACAACGUCCGGCUUCAGCUUUUAGCGCACCCGAGACUCAUCGUGGGCGCGAGCUGCACCUGCAAGGCUGGCGUGCGUGGGUGGUGCAAACAUGGAGCAGUGUGUCUCUGUCGUCACAUUGCAUAUCUUUGCAGUUGUGUCUCUGUCGUCACAUUGCAUCUCGCCUUGUACGACGAAGGGAAGAUCGUGGGGAUGUAAGCGGGGUGCUGAGCGAUGGAGCUUUUUUUGUUUCCUAGGAAGUGGCAGCUGCAAAUCCUGGCCUGCCCAUUCGCGGGUUCCCAGGGGUCUCCGUCUCCGCUGUACACAAAAAUGCAGUGUCUAACUGUGCCAGCGAGAAACAAUUCUGUAUCAUGGAGAGCAAACAAAAACCGAGAAGCGACAAAAAAAAAAAAAA